GCGUUGCAGUCAAGUAGCCCGGGGAACGGCCGGCGCGCGGGCCGGUGGGCGGAGGCUCAGACUCCGCCGCAGUUCUCGGUGGGUCGCCGGGCUGCCCUCCCGCCAUGCACCUGCUGCUUGCAGCCGGAUUCGGGCUGCUACUGCUGCUGCUGCCGCCACCCGCGGCCUCCAAGAAGCCGACACAGUGCCAGAGGUGCCGGACGCUGGUGGACAAGUUCAACCAGGGGAUGGCCAACACGGCCAGGAAGAAUUUCGGAGGCGGCAACACGGCGUGGGAAGAGAAGACUCUGUCGAAGUAUGAAUUCAGUGAGAUCCGGCUUCUGGAAAUCAUGGAGGGUCUGUGUGACAGCAGUGACUUUGAGUGCAACCAACUCUUGGAGCAGCAGGAGGAGCAGCUCGAGGCCUGGUGGCAGUCCCUGAAGAAGGAUUACCCCAACUUAUUUGAGUGGUUCUGUGUACGCACGCUGAAAGCAUGCUGUCUUCCAGGCACCUAUGGGCCAGACUGUAAAGAAUGCCAGGGUGGGUCCGAGAGGCCUUGUAGCGGCAACGGCUACUGCAGCGGCGAUGGCAGCAGGCAGGGCGACGGGUCCUGCCAGUGUCACGCGGGCUACAAGGGACCACUGUGCAUUGACUGCAUGGAUGGCUACUUCAGCUUGCAGAGGAACGAGACCCACAGCAUCUGCUUGGCCUGUGAUGAGUCUUGCAAGACAUGCUCAGGUCCGAGCAACAAAGACUGUGUCCAGUGUGAAGUGGGCUGGGCACGUGUGGAAGACGCCUGCGUGGAUGUAGAUGAGUGUGCGGCAGAGACACCUCCCUGCAGUGAGGCACAGUACUGUGAGAAUGUCAACGGAUCGUACAUCUGUGAAGAAUGUGAUUCUACCUGUGUGGGCUGUACAGGAAAAGGCCCAGCCAAUUGUAAAGAAUGCAUCGCUGGCUACACCAAGCAGAGUGGACAGUGUGCAGACAUAGAUGAAUGCUCACUAGAAGAAAAAGCCUGUAAGAGAAGAAACGAAAACUGCUACAAUGUUCCAGGGAGCUUCGUGUGCGUGUGUCCGGAUGGCUUUGAGGAGACAGAAGAUGCUUGUGUGCAGACAGCACAAAGCGAAGUCACAGAGGAAAACCCCACACAGCCACUCUCCCAUGAGGAUUUGUGACAGACAUCUGGAUUCAGAAGCCAGACUCACCCUUUAAGUUAUUGAGAGGAUAUCUAUAGAAAAUGUGGCCCAUGGACAUCAACCCCAUUUCUCCAGGAACACCUCAGAGGGAGAAGCUGCCUACUCUGAAACAGCUGAUACUCACUUGGCCCUUUAAAAAGCUGCAUUUCUUGGUGGUUCAUAAGCAGAUUUGUAUAUUUUGAUACUGUUCUUUAUAAUAAAAUUGAUCAUUGACGGUCACCAGGAACAGAA